GAAAGAGGGCUGGAGUCGCCGUGGGGUUGGCGCUACGAACUGCCAGGUCUCUCACCUGCGGCGCAACGCCCCGAGGCUUCCUGGCGCAAGAUGUAUCUCACUCAGCCGCCACUCGGCUUUUUGGAUUCUCCAUACCUUGGGGAUCACGAACGACCCAAGGGUCGAAAGCGUGCGGUCUUCACUCAACAAAAGAUCGGCAAGCCGAUCUUUAUGGGCUCUUGGCAAGACAACUGCAUCAGAGACCGCAUUGAGUGGCCGCUGGUUUACGGAGGCGACAGACUUAGGCGUUGGACCUCUGGACAGGACCUUGACCAAAUCGCAACGAGCGAGUCACUCGAGAAGUUCAUGUCCCGGACGGCUGCUUGCCACGAGCCAUAUCCUGCCGACGCUGAGUUUCCACGGCCUCUAGGCUUCGGCUUUUAGGGUCAGGAGGACGAAGGAGACCUGGAGGUCCGAAACGGUGAACCCAAUUGUCACUCGCUCUCGACCU